CCUUAUUUCCUGAUCCUACCUGUAGCUGAGCAGCAGUCAGGUGUGAGGGGGUCGUCAGAGGAAGAGUCAUGACAGCAGAAAGCUGCUUUCUCCUGUCUUCAUUGUAGGUCAUUGGAACAGCUGAGAGGCUCCUGGACAGGAGCUGGUGUCAGGAUGAAGGGAGGCCUCAGGCUGGUGGUGCUACUGAUGUUGUCUGUGGAGUCCAGCAGUUUGUCUCCACCUGGGAAACCAGUCCUGCUCGGCUGCAGGUCCCCAGAAAAGGAGACGUUUACCUGCUGGUGGAAGCCGGGUUUGGAUGGAGGCCUGCCAACCGUGCACCGCCUCUACUACGAGAGAGAACAGUUGGAGGGAACGCAUGAGUGUCCAGACUACCGCUCUGCAGGAAGCAACUCCUGUUUCUUCGACAAGAAUCACACCUACAUCUGGGUCGACUACCACGUGAUGGUGGAGGCUUCCAACGCCCUCGGAAAUGUCCCCUCAGAUCCCCUCAAGUUCGAUGUGAUGGAAAUCGUUCGGCCCUACGCUCCUGAAAACGUGACUCUCAUGGUGGAGGAGAAACAGGAGAGUCCAUAUCUCCACAUCAGAUGGAAGCAUCCCUCCAACACUGUCUCCAGGUCCGGCUGGAUCACCAUUAAAUACCAGCUGAGGGUCAAACAAGAAAACAGCAACGACUGGAAGAAUUACACUUCGGGUACACAGAUGGGUUUCAGCCUGUACAGCAUCCAUCCUGGGGCUGUGUACGAGGUUCAGGUGCGCUGUACGCUGGACCACAGCUCCUGGAGCGAGUGGAGCAACACAACCUUUGUGAAAAUCCCAAACUAUCUUCAGAACGAAAGACCAUUCGGGAUUUUGGUUUCCAUCUUCUCUACAAUUCCAGUUGUAGCAGCGCUGUGUGUCUUGGUCACAAAACGGAAAUAUGUGAAACGGUUUCUCCUGCCGCCUGUUCCUGGUCCAAAGAUAAGAGGAGUCGAUGUUCAGCUUCUCAAGAGUGGGAAAUCAGAAGACGUCCUCGGUGCUCUGAUUGUCAACCAGAACUUUCCUCCUAUGGUGGCCCGCAAGGACCAGAUGGAGGAGUAUUUAAUCGUGUCUGAUGGUGGUGAAUGGCUUCUGCCGGCUCCCUUAAAGUCUCAGAAGAAGAAGAAAAGCUCCUUCAUUCCUGCUGGAUUCCACUUAGACUCCCAGUGUAAGGAGUCAACCCCAAGUCAAGUUCAGGAGAACAAAGAUGAAAUGAAGAGUUCAUCUAACCUGGAGCAGAAACAGGAGUUCUCGGGUAUUAACUUUGCGGCAGCAGAUCUGCAAAAAGGUGCUUCUGAGAACUUCAUGCAACGGCUUCCAAACAGCGGCUAUGUGGAUAUUCAGAGACAGGAGAACAUUGUGGAGGUGGAUGGGAUACUGGUGGACUACAGCAGAGUGAAGGAGGUGAACGGUGACAAUGUUUUCAUCCUGCAGAAGGAAAACGUCCCGCUUAGUUUGGACGUUCAGAGACGAGAGGAGAGCAUGUCAGAGGACUACAGCAGAGUGAAGGAGGUGAACGGUGACAAUGUGGUUCUCCUGCAGAAACAAAAUGGCUCAGAUGACUCUUUCUGUACAGAGAAGGGAAACCGUUACACACACUGCACCAAUCAGACGCAAAGAAAUCCUCACAUGACUGGACUCAGUAAAAUAGGAGUCUGCACAGAUCUAAGCAGUGAUGGAUAUGUAGAUACUAUCCCUGCACCAUCUUUAAUUUAACUUUUGUUCUUUGUAUAGUUAAAUGAUUGUGAUUAUGUUAUCAAAAGAACUGCUCUUGCAUUCAUGGAUGUCAGAAGAUGCACCAUCUGAGAUCUAGAGUGGAAUGUCUUCACAAAAGUUUGGAUUGCUCUGAAAAGUCCACCGAGGAUGAAAUCAAGUUACUCCAGUACCAAGAAGAGGUCAGGUUUUCACUUAUUAAGUCGACUGGUUUGGAAUUUGCUUAAUUUGCACUAAGUUUCCCCCAUACAUUCAUGGUCUCCUGGGGAUGCAUCAGAACAUGAAAGUGGUUUUGUUUGAACCAUGUUUGCUGCUUCCUCAGGAAAUUUUGAGCAGAAAACUUUUCAUUUUCUGCGUUCUGGUGAAGUUUUCUGCACCGAUUUGUGCCUUCUCUGCAUGAAUUCAUUGUAGAAAUGUUUGUAUUUAUGCAAAAGAAAACUCAAAAUUUGUCAUAAUAUAGUGGAAUAUGAGGCUGUCACGCACUCUGUAUUGUUUUUAAAUAUUUAUUUUCCUGGAGAUCUGAUGUUUUUAAUUUAAUAUUUGUGUGUUGUGGUUAGUCGUUUCUUAAAAUCUGUAUGUGGCAUCUUUGAAUUAAUAAAAAAAAAAAAUUCAGCUAACAGCUUGUAGCACGUCUUUCAGUAAGAUUUCUGUUUACUUUCAACUUUCUGUGCAUUCAAGACAUAAAACACUUUUCUGUGUUUUGGGAUGAUUUUUAGAAAUCGUGUACAUCUUUGAUAACAGAAUACAGCACAUUUUGGGUGUAACUGAUUAAAACAUUGAUCAGAUCUAUUACAGAAUGUGAUCUUCAGCAACACUUGUGAAACAAUUUGGUUUUAAGCCUUUACGAAUAUUGAGGGCGAUUUAUCCUCUGCGUCAGUUUGGUGAUUUUUGUCUUGUACCAUCAUGGGGUUGAUAUUUUUGCUUUUGUGCAACAUUUGAAAGGAUUGUUGUGAAAGUUACUACAGAUAUUCAGGGUCCAUGAAACAUAAAUGGUAAUGGUUUGAUAACUUUUCCUGCUCGUGCCAUCGUCUGUUCAGGGAUGGGAUUUGUUGACAUUAAGAUAAAAUCAGAAGCCUCACCAGAAUUUUAUCCUCAACGAGUUAUUGGCAGUUAUUGGAUUGCUUUAAUUACUUUGCAGUUGUCUGUUUUGCCUCAGGCAAAUUCUGGUCUGUCUGGUUCAUCCGGGAUGAACACAAGAAACUACAUGUAUUUUCUAUUGAAUUUAAUUUUAGGAGCAUUUUAAAUAUAGUUGUUGCUACUCGUGAGACUGUGCUUUUAAUUAAUCUGAUGUAAAAAGACUGAACACAAACAUGUCAGUGGUCUAUUCAACAUGAACAGUUCAUUUCUUUAGACUUUUGCGGUAACUUAUUUGACAAAUUUAUUUCCAGAAUGGUUCAGGGGUUGAAUUCUUUUUGGAAAUACUUUUCUCCAAUCAUAACAUUUUCCUAUUUUUUAAAAUGGGUUUAUCUGAAAUUCUAAAUAAGACUUUAAAAUCUAUUUAUGUAACACAAUGCGAUGAGUUUGCUAAUAAAUGAAGCCCCAUACUUCUACUUUGAGACAGGAAGUCUUUUAGAAAGAAGCAUUUCACAUGUAAAGGUACUUUUUAUCCUUUUCAACAAAGAUUUUAAAAAAUAGAUAUAUUUUACAUCCAAUCAAGGAGCAUAGUAAUAAGAUAAUUCAAAUGUGUUAACAAAUAUGACAGUGUAAUAAAUUUUGUGCAGCUUCUGUUUUCCUACUUUAGAAGUUUAUUUUUGCUCCUUCAGGUUAAAAACAAUGCCACUUAUGAAGACCUUCAAGAUAAGGCCUGCAUUGUUUUGUAUGAAGUAAAGUUUUAGGUUUUCU